AUGUCUCUUUCUAAGAAGUUAACUUUGGACAAGCUAGAUGUUAAAGGCAAGCGAGUCAUCAUGAGAGUAGAUUUUAAUGUCCCCAUGAAGAAGAACCAGAUUACUAAUAACCAGAGAAUCAAAGCUUCCAUCCCAAGCAUCAAGUACUGUCUAGAUAAUGGAGCCAGGUCAGUAGUUCUUAUGAGUCAUUUAGGUCGACCUGAUGGUGUUCCCAUGCCAGAUAAAUACUCACUAGAGCCUGUUGCUGCUGAGCUCAAAUCCUUACUGGGCAAGGAUGUUCUGUUUCUAAAGGACUGUGUGGGCCCAGAAGUGGAGAAAGCCUGUGCCAACCCAGCUGCUGGUUCAGUUAUCCUACUGGAAAACCUGCGCUUUCAUGUGGAGGAAGAAGGAAAAGGCCAAGAUCCUUCUGGAAAUAAACUUAAAGCUGAACCAGAUAAAAUAAAAGCCUUCCGAGCAUCACUCUCCAAACUAGGGGAUGUCUAUGUCAAUGAUGCUUUUGGCACUGCUCACCGGGCCCACAGUUCUAUGGUCGGAGUGGAUCUGCCCCAGAAGGCAUCUGGAUUCCUGAUGAAAAAAGAGCUGGAGUAUUUUGCCAAAGCCUUGGAAAACCCAGAGAGACCCUUUCUGGCUAUACUUGGUGGAGCCAAAGUAGCAGACAAAAUCCAACUUAUCCAAAAUAUGCUGGGUAAGGUCAAUGAGAUGAUAAUUGGCGGUGGAAUGGCUUUUACCUUCCUUAAGGUACUAAACAACAUGGAGAUUGGUGCAUCCCUCUUUGAUGAAGAGGGGGCCAAGAUUGUCAAAGAUAUCAUGGCGAAAGCCAGGGAGAAAGGUGUGAACAUUACCUUUCCUGUUGAUUUUGUCACUGCUGACAAAUUUGAGGAGAAUGCUAAGGUUGGUCACGCCACUGUAGCAUCAGGCAUACCUGCUGGCUGGAUGGCUUUGGACUGUGGUCCUGAGACCAAUAAGAAGAAUGUUCAAGUUGUGGCCGAAGCCAAGUUAAUUGUGUGGAAUGGUCCUGUAGGCGUAUUUGAAUGGGAUGCCUUUGCUAAGGGAACAAAAGCUCUUAUGGAUGAAAUUGUGAAAGCCACUUCUAGGGGCUGCAUCACUAUUAUAGGAGGUGGUGACACUGCUACCUGCUGUGCCAAAUGGAACACUGAAGAUAAAGUCAGCCAUGUGAGCACUGGAGGAGGUGCUAGUCUGGAACUCCUGGAAGGUAAAGUCCUUCCUGGAGUGGAAGCCCUCAGCAACCUAUAA